GACCUGCAGCGAGACAUCGAACAACACAGUGCAGGGGUGGAGUCUGUCUUUAACAUCUGUGACGUCCUCCUGCAUGACUCCGAUGCUUGCGCCAACGAGACGGAGUGUGACUCUCUCCAGCAGACCACCAGAAGCUUGGACAGACGCUGGAGGAACAUCUGCGCCAUGUCAAUGGAACGGCGAAUGAAAAUUGAGGAGACGUGGCGCCUGUGGCAGAAAUUUCUAGAUGAUUACUCCCGCUUUGAGGACUGGCUCAAGUCCGCCGAGAGGACAGCAGCCUACCCGAAUUCCUCAGAGGUGUUGUACACAAAUGCCAAAGAAGAGCUGAAAAGGUUUGAGGCCUUCCAGCGGCAGAUCCACGAGAGGCUCACGCAGCUGGAGCUCAUCAACAAGCAGUACCGACGGCUGGCCCGGGAGAACCGCACCGACACGGCCAGCAGGCUGAAGCAGAUGGUGCACGAGGGCAACCAGCGCUGGGACAACCUCCAGAAGCGGGUCACGGCCGUCCUGCGGAGACUCAGACAUUUCACCAACCAAAGGGAGGAAUUCGAGGGGACCAGGGAGAGCAUUCUGGUGUGGCUCACAGAGAUGGACCUGCAGCUGACCAACGUGGAGCACUUCUCGGAGAGUGACGCCGACGACAAGAUGCGCCAACUGAACGGUUUCCAGCAGGAAAUUACACUAAACACCAACAAGAUCGAUCAGCUCAUUGUCUUUGGGGAGCAGCUGAUUCAGAAGAGCGAGCCGCUGGACGCCGUGCUGAUCGAGGACGAGCUAGAGGAGAUGCAUCGGUAUUGCCAGGAAGUCUUCGGCCGGGUCUCCCGCUUCCACCGCAGGCUCACCUCCCAUGCCCCGGGCUUGGAAGAAGAAAAAGAGGCCUCGGAGAAUGAAACGGACAUGGAGGACCCCAGAGAGAUCCAGGCCGACUCCUGGCGUAAAAGGAGAGAGAGCGAGGAGCCCUCGUGUCCUCAGUCCCUCUGUCAUCUGGUGCCCCCGGCGCCGGGGCCCGAGCGGUCUGGCUGCGAGACCCCUGUCAGCGUGGACUCCAUCCCUCUGGAGUGGGAUCACACAGGGGACGUGGGGGGCUCCUCCUCUCACGAAGAUGACGAGGAAGGCCCAUACUACAGUGCACUGUCAGAUGUAGAAAUCCCUGAAAAUCCUGAGGCAUAUCUUAAAAUGACCACAAAAACUUUGAAAGCGUCUUCUGGUAAAUCCAUUCCUGAGGACCACUCGUGGCAUGUUCCUGACAGCCCUUCCCGCCCCAAGCUUCACUACAAACAGAUGGGAGGCGAUGGCAAUGUACAAACCAUCCCCUCAGAUUCCAGCAACCCUUGUAAACCAGCCUAUGGAAAGCUGCUGUUAUCCCCAGACACUGAUGGUGGUAAAGAAAGCUCCAGAAUCUUGAAUGGCAGCUCACGGCAGGAAGACGAAGGCCUGGCCGCUCUCAGCGGGCAGCAAUCAGGUGCCUUUGACAGAUGGGAGCUGAUUCAAGCCCAGGAACUUCACAAUCAACUCAGAAUAAAACAAAACUUGCAACAGCUGAACUCUGAGAUCAGCGACAUCACCACUUGGCUGAAAGAAACGGAAGCAGAGCUAGAAACGUUAAAGACAGCAGAGCCGCCCUCUGAUAUCCGGGAAAUGGAGCUCCGAGUGAGGCGGCUCAAGGAGAUCUUAAAAGCCUUUGACACCUACCAGGCUUUGGUGGUCUCCGUGAACAUGAGCAGCAAGGAAUUUCUGCAGACGGAGAGCACGGAGUCCAGCGAGCUCCAGGGUAGAGUCGGCCAGCUGGGGCUGCGCUGGGACGCGGCCCAGGGCGCAGUGGAGAGCUGGAGAGAGGGCUUACGGCGGUCCCUCCUGCAGUGCCAGGACUUCCACCAGUUGAGUCAAGAUCUGUUACUGUGGUUAGCGAGUGCUGAGAGCCGGAGGCAGAAGGCUCAGGUCCCGGACCCAGAGGCAGACCCCCAGGUUCUCCUGGAAUGUCAGGAAGAGCUGAUGCAACUGGAAAAAGAGCUCACGGAACGUCAACCUCAAGUAAACACCUUACAAGAGAUUUCAGACAGUCUCCUUAUUAAGGGGCACAGAGAAGACUAUAUUGAGGCUGAAGAGAAGGUACAUGUUAUUGAGAAGAAACUCAAACAGUUACUUGAGCAAGUGUCCCAAGACUUAAUAUCCUUGCAGGGACGCCAGAACCCAGACCCAUCUCUGCCCAGCUUGGACGAGGUGGACGCCGGAGCCCAGCCACCAGCAGCAUCCGUGCCAGCUCCACAAGCAAAGCAGUUUGGGGCAGACAGAACAGCAGCAGACAAGAACAAGCUGGACAGCAGCUCCCGGCCACGGCGCUCGUUCGUGUCGCGGGUGGUCAGGGCCGCGCUGCCCCUGCAGGUGCUCCUGCUGCUGCUGUUGCUGCUGGCCUGCUUGCUGCCCUCGUCUGAAGAGGACUAUCGCUGCACUCAGGCCAACAACUUCGCCAGGUCCUUCUACCCCAUGCUGCGGUACACCAACGGGCCCCCUCCCACCUAGAGGCCCCGCCCGGCCUGCGGCACCGCACCACCAGCCCGUUCCCGCGGGGGCCCGCCUCGGGGCCCCAGACCGGUCAGUGAGUGACCCUGAGCGUUGGCCUGGCCCAGGGACCUGCUGCAGACCCCUGCAGCUCCGGACUCGGCCAGAGAGGGCACUCUCUCUCAGCACCUGGGGCCCCGCUUCCAAAGGCUGUUCCUCCCUGGGGGGGGCAGGGAGCCUGGGCCGUUUGGCAAAGCCCGUUGAUUGGUCUCGGGGUCUCUGGAAACUGCCGUUUCCUGAAGAGCCGAGCACUCUGUGAAUUCUGAUUUAUUUGUAAGACACUCUUCAGAUGUAGCUAACGUGCUCACUGAACAGCAGCGUUCAUCACAUGUUACGGAAACAAGCAAGCAGACAUCUUAGAAAUGGUUCAGACACUCACAUGCACCCUUAGCUGAUUGAUUGAAACAAUCAUAUUUAAAAUGUUUAGAAUUAAUUUUACUCCAAUCAGCUAGCAAUCUUGAGCUGCAAGUUAUCAACCAAAAUGUUCUGUUCUGUACUUAGGUCUGCUCUUUUAUAUUGCUUUAAAUUUUUAAAGAAAUUAUAUUGCAUGGAUGUGGUUAUUUGUGCAUAUUUUUUAACAAUGCCGAAUCUGUAUGAAUGUAAACUUCGAUUUUUUUAAAAAAACAUCCGAUUUUAGCUUGAGCUUUUGACUAAUGUACAGUAAAUGCCAAACUACUUGAUAGGGAGGUUUUGUAAGUUAAUUUUAUAAGACUUUUCACCUUUAAAGUCCUGCUUCAGGUAUUGUUUAGCUGUUUGGCCAUGGGGGUUUGUUACAGAAACUUGAAGCUAUUUGUGGUAUGUACAACUCAAAUAUUUCUCAUUAAAACAAAAAUACCCAUA